GCACUUUCUCUAUCCUCCCCUUCAGUGUGCCGAUACUUUCUUCACCUUUCCCUUCCUCUCUCUUUCCUCUUUUCCUCUAUCUUAUCCUCCUACUCAUUCCUUACCUCCCCAUCUCUCCUCUCUUCCUCCUACUCAAGCUUUUCGCUUCUUCCCUCUUCUCUCUCUCUCCUCCCCCUCUCUCUGUGUCUAUCUUCCUUUCUAUCUACCAAGCCUCGUUCUCGACCGCUAGUGGUGCUGUUAUAACGUGUUGUUCCAGCUCCGCACUCACAAUCCAUCAUCAACAACCGGCGAAAAUGGAGUCUAAUAAACCCCCGUUAUUGUGAUUAACUCUUGUCUCCUGGCCGCUGGCUUGCUUUGGCCUGGCCCCCACUUGCUUAAAUGCCUGAUACGUGUAGAUGACACCACCACGCAUAAGACACAACAUACACACUCACACACACAUAUAUAUAUAUAAAUAGAUAUACAUUAUACUUUAAGUCUGUUGAGGCAACUAAGUCUAGCGUAGGGUUCACUACUAUGUGGACCUUUUUAUUUCUUUUGCCCGCCAAUCCUUUUAAAUAAUGUGGUAUCUAUGACCCCACUAGCUCGUAUCGACAGAGCAGCAGGCGAGCCUCAUCUGAGCUUUUAUAAACUUCAUAUAGUUUAACCCUUGUGAUAGGUCUAUACACACACCAAUACUUAAUGCGACCUUUCUAGUCCUUCAGUAACAAGAUAUAUAUUUAUACACACACACAUACACACACACUAUGGACAUUGCACAUUUCUACAUUUCUGUGCCAUUUACGUAUAUUCAUUGUUAAAGGCAGUUGAAGAAUUCGUGUAACGAACGACAUACGAGAACAUGGAUUCUGUGUCGUGUCGUGAAAUUAUAUCUAGACUGAGCUGGGCCAUAUCGAACGAAAAACACCCGUUCGAUUCUUCGCAUUGCUCCUCAGCCCUGCACCAGGCUCUGUUGAAGCUGAGGACGUCGUUCUCUCGCAACAAGGAGGCUAGGAAUAAACUGAUCGAACUUAACAUUGUGCCCAAGUUGUUCAGCCUGUUGAAGAAACCUCAGAGAUACUUCAACGAAGAACCGGUACCAGAAAGAGGAAAACAGCAGCAUCGCAAUGGAGAAGGACAUCAACAGCAACAACUGCAGCAACAUGAAGAAGCAGCGACCGAAAAAGGGGAUGGGAUAUCGGCCACUGAGACGAAAGAUCAUUUGAGUUGUUCGAAAGAAAUUGGAGGACACGACAUCAAGAACAAGAUGCCAGGUACUGUUAAGAGACUCGAGGGUUUCGGCCCCGAUCCGUCCAGUGACCAGGGCAGCAGAGUUCCAUCAUCCAGUACCAAUAAUACGGAGAUUCUCACAUCGGCAGCUACACCGACUCCAACAGCAACAACAUCAAGGACGACAGCAAUAACAUCGUCAUCAUCGCCGUCGGCGGCGUCAUUGUCAACUGUUGAUGAUGGCUGGAACAAGUCUGCAAACCGAUGGCAAGAUGAUGGUGCUGCUGUUGCUGGUUCUGGUUCCACCGUCGUCUCCCAGCGUUGCUCGAACGACGUCCAAAAAGCGAACGACAUUACAGACCUUCUGCUCAGCGUCCUCGGUAACUUUUGCGUGGAACCGACCGUCAGGAAACAGGUUCUCAAAUACCAAGGAAUCAGAGUUCUCCAAAGCAUUCUUUUGGAGAGUAACAAAGAGAGUAUCCAACGUCGUUGUUGCCGAACUCUGGCCAACCUUGCCAUGGAUUGUGCGUGUCGUAGGAUCAUCCACAAGACGGACAUCACACAGCGAAUCGUUCAACUGCUCGAGUACACCAAUGACUCUGAGUGCCAACUAACAUACUGUCAUACACUCAGGUUAUUUGGUGAUUCCACCCAGCUGAACAAAACCAUUAUCAACUACAAUGGUAUAGCUGUUCUGUCUCGUCUCUCUAAGUUUGCUCCUCACAUGGUCAAGUCUGCUGCUGUUAAGACAAUGGCUGACUUAGGACGAACCAAUUGUUCGGUAGAAUUUGCCCAACAAGUGUUAACUGCAGACGGCCUUAGUACACUGGUGGAAAUCUCCAACCAAGGUGGCACUCUGUCGCAAAAUGCCCUUCGAGUGCUCAUCUACCUGAGUCGACACAACUUCAUACGUCCGCCUCUCGGUAGCUCAGGUGGAAUCCAGACAAUGAAGAACAAGUUUGACGACGAAGUGUCGACUGUACGUAAAAUUGAAAUACUCAAUGCACUGUGUUUGUUUUGCAACGAGGCCGUGAACCGAGUGAAACUACGCCAAAGUGAUGUGUUGAUGCUGUUCAUCGAAGCCCUCAAAGAUCUGAUUUACAGUACCCUUCACAACCGCAUAAUCAGUGCCCUCGUGAACUUCCUCUACGAUGAAGUGAGCUUUGAUAUGCUUUUGGAGAGGGGGCUUGUCCCUGUUUUAUUUAUUCAUCUUCAGCGUUGUGCUGGUUUCUCGUUUAACUUGCCGAAAACGGAGCCGUUUGUGAAGUCCCUCAUUGAAAACAUUGUGAGUUAUCCAACAAAAAAGCAUACAAAAUUCUCUGACGGAAGCGAGGAGGAAGGUAAAAAUUCCCCCUCCUCAAAAAAAUAUUCUAAGCUCAGUGAGAACAGCAACAGUGAUGCCAGACUCAAAGACAGUUCAGUUUUGCCAGAAGUCUCUCCUAAAAAAUUAAAACCUGGCUUUAAAGGUUCACCACCGACAGAGCAAAACAGAAGUGAUAAACUUUCCGUAAAAGAAAAUGAGAAAGAUGCUGGAGCAAAAUGUGUGUCAACAAAGCUAUCAAAUACUACAAAAGACGCAGAUGCUGAUCUCAGCUGCUCAGAUUCCUUAACGAACGUUUCAAAAGAUAAUUGUAAAUCUUCUCCUGUAAAUGUUAAUUUAGAAAUGAAAUUUAUGGAAACUGAACCAGUGGCAAGUGACGAUAAGAUACAUUCCUCAAACAGUUGUAAAAGACCAUUGUCAGAAGUGGACAGUUACCAUUCUUCUGAAGCAGCAGUGGAAUCUGAAAGUCCCCAAAUGAAGUUUUCAAAGCAAGAAGCAUCAGGGACAAAAGACCUUCCAAACAGACAGAGAUCAGAAUCUUUAACUUUACCCUUAAGUGGAGAAGAUGAUGACGAUUGUGAUGAUAGUGGUGUUGGUUGUGAUGAUGACUGUGGUAAGGAUAAUGUUGUCGAUGACGACAAUCGUGAUGAUGAUGAUGAUAAGGAUAAGAUUGGUGCUGAUGAGGAUAUUGAAGGAAAUAUUUGCCAUCAGGUUUCGGCACCAUCUGAGGAGGGCAAAAAGAAACAGCAAGAACAGACUCCACAACGCUAUGUAUUUCGCAUCGACAGCCCCACCUACCAAACCGAUGUAAAGUGGAGCGCUGACAAUUUCACCGACGGCCAGACUUGUAAGCAGGAUUUUGGCAAUGAAGUGUCAAAUGGGUCUUCAGCGCUUAGUCCCUUCAGUAACUCCUCUUACCACUCCCCAGACUGGAGCCCAGAUUACAGCUCUCAGUUACGAGAUGAUUUCAGUUCUGAAGACAGUGAUGAUGAUAGAUCUCAAGAUGACCUGCAGGAUCCAGUUGCCAUGGUUACUUCAAAAACAGUCUCGGCUACUGGUGACAGCAUCAGAAAGGAACAAUCAAGUUCUGUAGCAUCGGCAGCAGCCGACACACCUAAAGGAUGGAGAAAAACCAGAAAGAAACCAUCACAUUCUCCUGUAAAAGAUUUAUCCUCCAACAGUGUGGAAAAUGAGGAAUUCACGAAAAACCUUUAUAAAAAACGGGAGAAAAUGAUGCUGAGUGAUUGCCAUGUGGCACUUCGCACCACAGAGAACAACAUUUUGGUGUUGCUUUCUCGAGUGUCUCAGAAAGAAAAUCCAUCCAAAUUUUUAGCCACUGUAGAAAGCUUCUGGUGUUUGCUGCACUAUAUCGGAAAAGUUCCUUUUGCUUAUCCCCGUAGCAUCCGAAUUCUCAGCAGGGUUGUGCGUAAUCCUUUCUGCUUCGAGUCCCUCAUUACAUUCAUGGCUCCAGCAAUGAUAUUUCUGGAACUGAUGACUUCAUGGGACCAAAGAAAGGACAGCCAAAGUAAGUUGUUCUGGACACCCUCCAGGGGCACCAUGCUAAAUUUCAAUAGUGCAUUUGCUGUCGACUCUUACAUCAAAGACUUGGACGAUCUCUUUAAAGCUGGUCAACUUAUUCUAAAUGAUUUCAGCCAAGUGGCUGAAAUCCACUUUGGUAACUCUCUGCUGGCACAGCACUUGACAAAAAAGACCCCGCAACAGGAUUCUGUGGUUGCAUGUCUACCAUUCUUGUGUAGGUGCCGAAAUGUUCAAGAGAAACUCUUAGUAAAAUUCCGUGGUUUUGAUCUGCUGCUGAACAUCAUUAAAAAUGAACCGGAAAGCUACUUGUCCAAGGUUGUUAUCUUGGGCCUAAAUUACUUGUCGCGUCACCUCAAUGUGACGACGUCUUUACAGAACGUCGACAGACAACAGGUGUAUCCAAAACAGACUCUGCCCGGAAACAACUCCUCGGACACCCAAGACUGCUGUUUGAGUAACACAAAGAGAAACACGGCAUUUGUAACGGACAAUGGUAAAAAAAUCCUCGUGAAUCAGGAAGCUGUGACGAGUCGAUCGGAAGUGUUCAGCGCCAUGCUUCUCAGUGAUUUCGUCGAGGCCGAAACACACGAGGUAAAGAUUGGUUACACAACCCCACAAGCUCUUGAGGUCAUCGUCCACUAUCUACACGGUUGCAGCUUGAAGUGUUUUACCAUCCAACAGCUUCACUGGCCGAAAACUAAACUAACUAAGAAUGACUUGCUCAACAUAAUGGGCCUGACUGACCGUUACAUGCUGGACAAUCUGCGGAAAUAUCUUGCCUGUGUUAUUUUUCAGUGUUACCUUGACGAAAAGACAGCCGAUGCAUUUUACAAUGCAGCUGUAUUGCACAGCUACAAUGAUCUCAGCAGGGAUUGCAUAAAAUAUUGCUUGGGUCAAGUAUGCCUGGGCAAGAGGUCAAUAGACUGCCUUUUGCGCUUUCUUAACGGACCAAACCAUGAAGUGUUCCUUUCUUCGGUGAAAGAGAUGUUCAUAAAGCAUAUCGUCAGUGAGAAUGCGGCGCCAAAAUAAGACAAGAGAGAGAAUGAGUGAGUGAGAGACCAUUCCAAUUUUGGUAGCCUGUUUAGGUUAAAAACUCCAACAAGAAAAAACGUCUGAAAUUCUUGUCUUAAAAAGACAUCGAUGUCUUCCUUAAAACCAGAUUCAGGUUAGUCAUCAUAAUAGGCAUUUGUGAGCCCUUUGCCUAUGCUGUGUAUCAUGUGAUGUACAGGACACAUUUCCGUGGUUUCUAUGCAUCAUAAAUGAUACACAUUCACAGUUGUUUUUUCAACCACUGGAACAAUUUGGGACUUAACCCUGUCAAGUGUAAUGCUUAUUUAUUCACAUUUGUCAUGCAUUAUCUUGUGGCCUUGAGGUUUCAAUAAUGGGAGGGUUUAAUUUUUGGAAUAACAUUGUAGGAUAGGUAUGAGAAGCCAGAUCUGGCUAGUUUCAACAUAAGAUAAGUAGAAUAUUUAGGCCGGAUAUGGCCAGUUUAAAGGGUUCAGAAAGAAAACUUUAUAUUACCCUAUACACUAUGAAACAAGGGCUAACUAAAGGUUUGAAAACAAGCAUGGAUGUUUAGAACAAAGUUAUAAAAAUCUUUUGGACAGGUAGAUUAAACAUACACACACUAAUUCACUCUCCCCCACUUUACCUUUUUACAGUAUCAGCAUCCAUGGAUGUAUAUAUAUGAACUGGAAGUUCAUAUAGCUUCAUAUAGGUACAGUGUAAGGUUAUAAUGCUGUAGAAUGUCAAUGACCAGGUUUUAGAUGUGUAUUGAAGGACUUCAAAAUUGUUAGUUAUAAGCAGAAAUUUGAAUGAAUUCAGUGGUGCAUGUGUUAAAUAAGCAGCAAAAAAUGACUACCAAAAUGCUAUACUAUCACAUCUGUAUAAAUGUAAACAAACAAA